GAAGUAUUAGAAAACCUACAUGUACCAGAAGUGUGGUAGCAUUGAGAGUAUGGUUUACUGGUGUGCUAAGAGUGCAUUAUUUGAGAAAGAGAAGCAUGGUGGGUUUUACUGUGAGGUUAGAAUUGAGAAAUGAGGUUGGUGUGAAAUUGUGAAGCCAGAUUUCUGCUCAAGGGCUUUUCUAUAGGAUGGUUCUUGUUCAUCGAAUCUCAUACUCUGGAACUCGAAUGUGGUUGUAAAUUUCAGAGACAAGAAUUAAGACACCAUUUUGGAAACGUUCUAAGAGAAGGGUAGAGACAGAGUGAACUCCAACUCUCAUAUUUCACAGACAUUGGAGAUGUUGGAUGUGAUGUCUUUGAGUUACCCCUUCCAAACAUUGUUGUUAGGUUGUGUAACUACUCCUAGUCGUAGAUACUUGAGCAAGACAAGGUGGUACCAAGUUCAAGCCACACCCCCAUCUUCACUUAUUCUGAAUGCAGAUGAAAGUGGCAAGUUUUCUGAGAAGCUUCAUGGCUCAAACCUUGCUUCGGGGAGGGGUGCUCCUUUUGUCACUCAGGGAAGUGCUGUUGGUAUAAUUGGAGGAGUGUCUAUGGAUGCCACUCUAAAAUUUUUGAGAAAACUUGUAGAGUUUAGUUCAGAAGAUGGAGCUAAUUCCAUCCCUUUUGUACUGUGUUCUGAUCCUCUCUUGAGUAAGGAGCUUCUGUCCUAUGAAAGGAGUAUUUUUGCUUCUAGCACAAGUAAAGCAGAAAACUUGAAGCAGGAUUCUUCUCCAAUUGUGCAAACUCUUAGAAAUAAGAGGGUUUUUCUUGAGAAUUUUGGGACUAGUUGCACCGUUAUGCCCUGUAAUGUGUCACAUUCUUGGUAUGAACAAGUGUCCGAGGGAUGUUCUGUUCCUGUUCUUCACAUGGCCGAGUGCGUCGCCAAGGAGCUCAAGGAAGCUAAGCUAAAGCCACUUGAAGCCGGUAGUCCUUUGCGGAUUGGAGUGCUUGCAACAAAUGCAACUCUAGCAGCUGGUGUUUAUAAGGAGAAGCUUCAGAAUGAAGGAUUUGACGUUGUACUGCCUGAUAGAGCAACGAUGGAGCAUACAGUAAUACCUGCAAUGGAAGCUUUGAAUAGAAAGGACAUGGAAGGGGCAUGCAAUCUAUUGAGAAUUGCACUUCAAGUUCUUUUGGUGAGAGCUGCAAAUUCUGUUAUCCUUGCUUCUGAUGAUAUGCGGGACCUCUUGCCCCCAGAUGAUCCUCUUCUCAAGAAAUGUAUUGAUCCAAUGGAUGCAUUAGCCCGAUCAACUAUCAAAUGGGUAAAAUCCUCUGGGCAUAAUACAUGAACAACAAAAGAAAGUAACUAUUGUAUUUCAUUAGUUAUGUAUCAAGAUUCUUCUGGUUUCAUUGAUAUUGUUCAUUUCAUUAAUGCAAACUCUUGUAUUCAAAACACUGUAAUUAUGCCAAAGAUGUAUGUUGAGUAUUAGAGCACAUAUUCCUUCUGAA